CGCCACGUCAGGUUGGAAAAUCUUAAACCGAGUGGAGAAAGCCUCCAAAAUCUCUUUCUCUCUUCCUCUCAUUUUUUACAAAUACACAAUCCUCUCUCUCCUUCUCUCUUCUUCAUAAUAAUAAUCUUCCAGAAAUCAUUUCUCUGAUAUUUCUCUCCUCCCAAAUCUUUCUCCCUUUCACCACUGAUUAUUCUUCCCUCAUCGAUUUUUUUUGUAGCUCUCAAAUAAAUAUCCAGAAGAAAAAAAAAACACCUAUAGAGAGAGAGAGAACCAAAGCAGAGCAAUCUCAUCAUAAGAAGAUUCCUUCUGACAGGAAGGAGCCAACAGUUUUAGCAGAGCCUUAUUAUAUAAGAGUGAUUCCCUUUUUAGAGAAAGAACUCUUCAGCUUCGAUUUACUUAGAGUAUAGUAGAUAAAACUAGACCAAGAACUUUUGCGAUUGUGUAACCAUUCAUUCACUCUUAGAUGAUGACUUCGCCUACUUCUUCUGAGAGGUGGACCGAUGGUCUUCAGUUUUCUUCCUUGUUAUGGUCUCCCCCACGUGACCCUCAACAACAUAAGGAUCAAGUUGUAGCUUAUGUCGAAUACUUUGGUCAGUUCACAUCAGAGCAAUUCCCUGAUGAUAUUGCUGAGUUGGUCCGGAAUCAGUAUCCAUCAACUGAGAAGCGGCUUUUGGAUGAUGUGUUGGCUAUGUUUGUCCUCCAUCAUCCGGAGCAUGGUCAUGCAGUCAUCCUUCCCAUUAUUUCAUGUCUCAUUGAUGGCUCUCUGGUGUACACCAAGGAAGCUCAUCCUUUUGCCUCUUUCAUAUCUUUAGUUUCCCCUACUAGUGAGAAUGACUAUUCAGAGCAAUGGGCUUUGGCGUGCGGAGAAAUCCUUCGCAUUUUGACUCAUUACAAUCGUCCCAUAUACAAGACUGAGCAACAAAAUGGAGAAACAGAGAGCAAAGCUUCAACUAGUGGCAGUGGGUCUCCUACGCUUUCAGAGACUAAGGUUGUAUCACCAGGACAGCAUGAAAGGAAACCUUUAAGGCCUUUGUCUCCAUGGAUCAGUGAUAUACUACUUGCUGCUCCCCUUGGUAUAAGAAGUGACUACUUUCGGUGGUGUAGUGGUGUUAUGGGUAAAUAUGCUGCUGGAGAGCUCAAGCCACCUACCAUUGCUUCUCGAGGAUCUGGUAAACAUCCUCAAUAUAUGCCUUCGACGCCAAGAUGGGCGGUUGCUAAUGGAGCUGGUGUCAUACUGAGUGUUUGUGAUGAUGAAGUUGCUCGAUAUGAGACUGCUACGUUAACAGCGGUUGCUGUCCCUGCACUUCUCCUUCCUCCCCCAACGACAUCCUUAGAUGAGCAUUUAGUUGCUGGCCUUCCAGCUCUCGAGCCAUAUGCACGUUUGUUUCAUAGAUAUUAUGCGAUUGCAACCCCAAGUGCUACUCAGAGACUUCUUCUUGGACUCUUAGAAGCUCCACCGUCUUGGGCUCCAGAUGCACUUGAUGCUGCUGUACAGCUUGUGGAACUCCUUCGAGCUACUGAAGAUUAUGCUUCUGGUGUAAGGCUUCCCAGGAAUUGGAUGCAUUUGCACUUCUUGCGUGCAAUAGGAAUUGCUAUGUCUAUGAGGGCAGGUGUUGCUGCUGAUGCUGCAGCCGCUUUACUAUUCCGCAUACUCUCUCAGCCGGCGCUACUUUUUCCUCCACUAACCCAAAUUGAAGGAGUAGAAAUUCAACACACACCUAUUGGUGGCUACAGUUCAAAUCACAGAAAGCAGGCAGAAGUUUCAGCAGCAGAAGCAACCAUUGAAGCCACUGCUCAAGGAAUUGCCUCAAUGCUUUGUGCUCAUGGUCCUGAAGUGGAGUGGAGAAUUUGCACUAUAUGGGAAGCUGCUUAUGGAUUGAUCCCUUUAAAUUCCUCUGCGGUUGAUCUUCCAGAAAUCAUUGUUGCUACGCCACUGCAACCUCCCAUCUUGUCAUGGAACCUAUACAUUCCACUCCUCAAAGUGCUUGAAUAUCUUCCACGUGGGAGUCCUUCCGAAGCAUGCUUGAUGAAAAUAUUUGUCGCCACCGUGGAAACAAUCCUCACCAGAACUUUUCCUCCAGAAACUUCCCGGGAACAUAUUAGGAAAGCUAGAGCGAGUUUAACCACGAGAUCAGCGACCAAAAACCUUGCUAUGGCUGAGCUUCGUGCUAUGGUCCAUGCUCUCUUUUUAGAAUCAUGCGCUGGUGUGGAGAUAGCUUCACGCCUACUUUUUGUUGUGUUGACUGUAUGUGUUAGCCAUGAAGCACAGUCUAGUGGGUGCAAGAGACGGAGAAGCGAAGAUGCUAGUAGCACUGCAGAGGAGAAUCAACAUGUAUCUGACAAUCAAACUAGUAACCGUAAAAGUAGGAGUGUCAAGGGACAAGGACCUGUGGCAGCAUUUGAUUCAUACGUUCUUGCUGCUGUUUGUGCUCUUGCCUGUGAGGUUCAGUUGUAUCCUAUGAUCUCUGGAGGGGGAAACCUUUCCAAUUCUGCAGUGGCUGCAACAAUUACAAAGUCUGUAAAAAUAAAUGGGUCAUCUAACGAGUACGGAGCUGGGAUUGACUCGGCAAUUAAGCAUACACGCCGAAUCUUGGCGAUUCUUGAGGCACUCUUUUCAUUGAAACCAUCUUCUGUGGGGACUCCAUGGAGUUACAGUUCUAGCGAGAUAGUUGCUGCGGCCAUGGUUGCAGCUCAUAUUUCCGAACUGUUCAGACGUUCAAAGGCCUUGACCCAUGCGUUGUCUGGGUUGAUGAGAUGCAAAUGGGACAAGGAGAUUCAUAAAAGAGCAUCGUCGUUGUAUACCCUCAUCGAUGUUCACAGCAAAGUUGUAGCAUCCAUUGUGGACAAAGCUGAACCCUUAGAAGCAUACCUUAAGAAUGCACCUAUCCAGAAGGAUUCACUGACUUGUCUUAACUGGAAACAACAGAAUACAUGUGCAAGUACAGCAGGGUUUGGCACAGCAGCGGUGACGUCCACAUCACGUAAUGAAAUGACUCCAAGAGGAGGCAACCACAAGUAUGCUAGACAUUCAGAUGAAGGCUCAGGGAGUAGAUCAUCCUCAGAGAAGGGUAUCAAAGAUCUGCUCUUGGAUGCUUCUGAUCUAGCGAAUUUCCUCACAGCUGAUAGGCUGGCAGGGUUUUAUCGUGGUACACAAAUUCUUUUGAGGUCAAUACUUGCAGAGAAACCGGAGCUUUCUUUCUCCGUUGUUUCACUGUUAUGGCACAAACUGAUAGCUUCUCCUGAAAUCCAGCCAACUGCGGAAAGCACCUCUGCUCAACAAGGAUGGAGACAGGUAGUUGAUGCACUAUGCAAUGUCGUAUCUGCAACGCCGGCAAAAGCAGCUGCAGCCGUUGUUCUUCAGGCUGAGAGAGAGUUGCAGCCAUGGAUCGCCAAAGAUGAUGAAGAAGGUCAGAAAAUGUGGAAAAUAAACCAAAGGAUAGUGAAAGUGAUGGUGGAACUCAUGAGAAAUCAUGACAGGCCUGAGUCACUGGUGAUUCUAGCAAGUGCAUCAGAUCUUCUUCUGAGGGCUACUGAUGGAAUGCUUGUUGAUGGAGAAGCUUGUACAUUACCUCAACUUGAGCUACUUGAAGCCACGGCAAGAGCAAUACAACCAGUGUUAGCUUGGGGACCAUCUGGACUAGCAGUGGUGGACGGUUUAUCCAAUCUAUUGAAGUGUCGCCUGCCGGCAACAAUACGGUGCCUGUCACAUCCAAGUGCACACGUACGUGCCUUGAGCACAUCAGUAUUACGAGACAUAAUGAACCAAAGCGGCAUAACCACCACCACCACAAAGGCAACACCAAAACCACCGCCAACAAUAACAACAGAGAAGAAUGGAACGGACAGCCCGUCGUACAGGUUCUUCAACGCGGCUGCAAUAGACUGGAAAGCAGACAUACAAAAGUGUUUGAACUGGGAAGCUCACAGCUUACUGUCCACAACAAUGCCAACACAGUUUCUUGACACGGCGGCUCGAGAAUUAGGAUGUACCAUAUCAAUGUCGUCCCAAUAACACGAGCCCCCCCUUCUCUUUAAAUGAUUUGGAAGUAGACCACCAAUAUGAUCAUGUUGUUACUUUGUAUUUAGUAUGAUGUAUGAUGAUGAGUGACUAACGCAAUCAUAUUGCGACCGGUGCUGUCGCUCGGGUCUCUACUCUUAUAUAACUCAAGCCUCUCUUGUUUUGUACAUUUUUAACAUGACGAAGCAGCACAAUCUUUUUUUUUUAAUUUGUUCUGUGUUAGCUUGAAGGGAUCUAAAUCGUAACGUAUAUCAUUUGUUCUCAUUCUCUACUCAGGUUGGUUAAUAUGACUAACUACUGUUGCAUUGUGUUUGUAACAUUCCGAAUUGUGAUAUAUGAAAAGGCUUAA